ACCUCAAACGACGCUCCAUCUCCCAUAGACAACAGAUACUGAACUCCACGCAGAUACAAGUUCGUUUGUUGAGUCUCUAUGGCUGUAGCUACAAUGCCGCGAAGGCAAAUUUACGUCCGUCCAAGAAGUGAGCUGAUUACGGUGUUAAAUUGGCGACAAGUUUCUGACAUUGGAACCGAAAAAUGGCGCAGCGAGACUUGUUUGGAUGCGAAUUUUUUCGAGGAUGAAGAGCGCCCUGAAAACACUCGUUACGUUUGUGGAAGCUAUGAGUUAACUCGGGGGCAUCUUGAGGAAUCUGAAGACGAAAUGACGAAAGCGAAAGAAAUAGACAUUCCCGACACCAAAAUGGCCUCAAAAAGGAGUGAAUUAACCAUCAAUCUACAGCCAACCAGUGUUAAGGUUAAACCGAGGCUUGUCAAGGCUCAAUCGAUGGCAAAUUUGCCGAUAAACUCGAGCGGACUUGACAGAGGAUACACACGUUCUAACAACUCGGUACCUACAAAGUUGAAUCCAAAACGGAAGAGCUCUUUAGAUGUGUCUCUAGCAAAACUCCGAUACGAGAUGAACUCGCUUAGAAGACAAGACAUGGAGUUGUUCGAACAACUUCUCAGUCUUAACAAUAGUAUCCAGGAUUUCAAGCUAUCCCAGUAUUCUUCGCCGACCGACAUGUCCGACUCCUCCUCAGACGAAUGUGAGACGGAGACAGUCAUGGAAAAACCGCUGAGAGUGAAGCGCUGGCACAGCCGUGGAAGCUUGGCUUCUGACGGAAGUGGUUAUCACAGUGCGUCAAGCCGCUCUUCAAUCGAAAGUAAUCCCUCACUAAACGGAAGUGACGUUGCAAGUUACGACAGUGGUCAUGAGAGCGGUGCUGGACUGAAAUCGUGCCGAAGGAGAAAUAGAGGGAAAUUUGGGUUCGGGGACUCUUUAAGGCGAGUGUCAUUUGGAACAGUGAGCCAACGACUAAGCGGAAGUGAGAUCUUCAGCAGCGGAAGCGAUGUCGUAUUUCCGGCACAAGCUGUAAGGCGGAACUCAGAAUACCGUGUGGCAGAAAUAAGACCGAUUAAGACUCUAAGCAAACGACAAAGCACAAUAUGGUGAUUAUCGACUGCUACAGAGAGAGGAGAGGUACAAGAUUAACAUUUAGUGUAGAAAAGAAAUCAAAAGUUUUAAGUAUCACAAUGCUUUUAACAAAGUGUUUCCUAUGUCUUCCUCUAUUCAAAUUAACGAUUGAAAAGUUCAAAGCGUGUUACAAAUGACGUACUCGAAAUAACUUAAUGAAUAUUAAGUUAAUAUUUCAGAGUGAUAGAUGCAAAUUUAAAGGUGAUUUAAGACAAACAUUUAUAAAUUCAUUUUAUUAUACUAGGGGGUAAAUUUAGAAACCAACACAAUAUCCUUAUGAAAAAAAAAUUCAAGCUUGACAAUAGCAUCACCGAUGCCUGAUUUAUGGUAAAAAUGCUUAUGGUAUCGACACGAAAUAUUUCCAAAAAAAAAAAAGCUGGAUAUAUUAACUCUUUAACUCCCAUGAGUGACCAACACUGAAUUUCUCCUUGCAAUAUCCAUACAAUAACAAGCAGACAAGUGAUGAGAAUAAAAAAAUUAUGAAUUAGGGUAUAUUCAUUAGUUAAUCCAAUUCAAAAUUCUACGAACUGAAAUCAUAAGAAUUGUAUGGCAGACAGUAAGGAGAAUUACUCAUAAUGAGAUCUUGGGAGUUAAAAUGUUAAUCAGUUUUCCUUUCUUCAUUCGCAUUGAGCUGCUUACGUUCGCGAAGUUAGGUUAAGCUUAUCAGACAAAUCAUAAAAUGUGAUGCAAACUUCUCUCUCGGAGCAUACUUUAUGGACUGCACAACUGGAUUUUUUCAUCCUUGUUAGUGGCACACAAUGAUGGUAUUAAUUAUUUCGCU